AUGUCGGUGUUAUUGGAAACACAUGCGUAUAUCUCAGGAAAAACUCCUAAUUUCACAGACAUAAUCACACCUGCUACCAUAUCUUUACCAUCUCACAAUUACGAUAGCAGAACUAUUAAAUCUGUAACCUCAUUACACCAACAUACCCCACCACCACCUCCUCCUCCACCUCCUUCGAACUCUUCCUUUUUACCCGUAACAACUACAAAUCACGACUUGGAUGCUCAUAGUUUAUCAAACAAUUAUCGACCUAAAGCUACAAGAAAACCAAUAAGAUACGAAGAAAGCUUCAAUGAUGGUGCUAUUGAGAAUAAAAAUCACGACUAUGGUACAAUUAUUAUGGAAAUUAUUGAUUCUUACUUGGAUCCAGACUCAACAUCUCUAGCACCAGCAUCAGCUUCAACCCCAGAUGUGAUUGCUAAACAAGAGAAAUUGAUUGAGAUUGGCGACGACUCAGACUUGGAAACUGAUCAACAGAAACAUCAGAAAACUAAAGAGGUGAACACCAAAGUAAACGGCAAGAAAAAGGGGGAUAAGAAGGAUACACCACCAUUGCAAUCUAUGUCAUCUGCGUUUAUUCAAGAAAGUUAUUCUCAACUUUUCUCCAACUUUGAUGACUUGCAACAAUCAAUAAAUAACUCAAACUUUGAAAAAGAACAAGAAAACCAAAACCAAGACCAAAACCAAGCAACAAUAACGUCUUCAUCGUCUUCAUCGUCUUCAUCGUCUUCAUGCUCGCCUGAUAAUUCUCACCACCUUCACAUUAAUGAUGUUCAUCGCCAGCGCAGCCACAAUCAUCAUCCUCAUAAUAAUAAUAGCCACCACCACCACCAUCACAGCCAUAGCCACAGCCAUAGUCACCAUAGCCACCAUCACAGUCAUCAUAACCACCACCACCACCGCCGCCGCCGUAAAUCCAAAUGGUCUAAAUUGAAUAAAUUGCGUACAUCAUUUACGGAGAAAUUGAAAUACGAAUUAGAAACAAAUCCAACGGCAAAUCAAGCUCAAUCAGGUUUACUCAACUUUCAUCACUUUACGACAACUUCAUCCGAACUGGAUGUUGAAGACGAAAUUAUGUUGGAUUUGGAAGAAUACAGAGGAAGGAAAUUAAAACAAUGUAAAUCAGUUACAUUACCUCUUCCGCGUACUACGUCUGCUUCGAAACGAAGAGUGAGGAUCCAAGAACAGCAGAACCAAUAUAUCUAUCCGAGCGCAAUUCCAACUAUUAAUAGUGGGAAUAGUACUGGCGCUAAUAUGAAUAAUGGCACUAACAAUUGUGGUAAUACUAUUGGGUUUUCGGGAUUCAGGAGAGAACUUAGUAGAAAAUUUCACAUUUUCAAAUAA